AUGACACAACCAACUUUAUAUUAUUUAGACGCUAGAGCUCGUGCUGAAACCAUUCGUUUCAUUCUAAAGUUGAAGGGUGUGGCUUUCAAUGAUGUCAGAGUAAAAGAGAUUCCAGCCGACUUGAAAGCUAAAACCAAUUUUGGACAGGUUCCAUUCUAUGAGGAUGAGAAUAUCAGUUUGUCGCAGUCACUCUCUAUUGAAUCAUACCUCGCUGAGAUCCAUGGCUUGGCUGGAAAUACACCAGUAGAACGUGCGUUGAUCAGCCAGUAUGUUCAUGCCACACAAGAUGUCUACAAUCCCUACUACAGAGCCAACGGGGAGGAGGCCAAUCAAAAAUUCAAGACAGAGAUUGCACCAAAGUUCUUGACUCGCUUCGAACAACACUUGAAGGCAGCUGGCGGUGAACACUUUGUCGGAAACAGACUGACACACGCUGACAUCUCUGUGUUUGCACUCCUCGAUUAUUUCCACCAACAAACACACAACAAUCUCCUCGAAGUUCUGGCACCAUUCACCCUCUUACAAAAGUUUUACGAUAAGAUUGCUUCAAUCCCAUCGAUUGCAGAACAUAUCCAAACUAGACCAAAAACCAGAUUAUAA